CGCCAAAUAAAUACGGGCGCGAAGUUGAGGACAAUAUUCAUUUGGUAUUACCAUAUUGAACGUUACCAGUGCAAAAAAAUCAAAAUGUUCAAGCAUUUCUUUGUUUUCGUUGUGUGCAUCAUCGCUAUGAUGAUUGGAAACAGCAUGCAGCAGAUUCCUGGUGCUGGAGGAUUCGCUGGUGCUCCCGCCGCAGCAAUGGGAGCCGGUAUGGCGGCUGCAACUGGUGCAAUGGGGGCCGGUGUGGGGGCUGCAGGUGGCGCUAUGGGGGCUGGUAUCGAGGCUGCAAAGACCGCAAUGGCAGCCGGCGCAGCAACUGCAGGAGCUGGCAUGGGAGCUGCAGCUGGUUUCGGAGCAAUGGGCUAAACAACAAACUGGAAUCAUCAAAAUAAUCUCUUCUGCGUAUAAAUAAUAAACGAAUUUGAAACUGCA